UGUUUAAAGUGUGUCUGAACUGUCACUUGACGUCUAGUCUUUCUGUUGAGGUGCGAUCGCGUUGACCACUGCUUGUCCCGUGGAUAUACGUGAGGGAGGAUAAUCCACAACCAUGACUGACGCGCAACAGGAGGCCCGCUCAUACUUGAGCGAGGAGAUGCUUGCCGAGUUCAAGGCUGCCUUCGACAUGUUUGACACCGAUGGUGGUGGUGAUAUCAGCACCAAAGAGUUGGGUACCGUAAUGAGGAUGUUGGGUCAGAACCCAACCAGAGAGGAGCUGGAAGAAAUCAUUGAGGAGGUUGAUGAAGAUGGCAGCGGAUCCAUCGACUUCGAGGAGUUCUUGGUCAUGAUGGUGAGACUCCUAAAGGAGGACCAGGCUGGCAAGAGUGAGGAAGAGUUGGCUGAAUGCUUCCGUGUUCUGGACAAGAACGGUGAUGGUUACAUCGACAGAGACGAGUUUGCUGAGAUCAUCCGCAGUACUGGUGAAUCUAUCACAGAUGAUGAGAUUGAUGAGCUGCUUAAAGAUGGAGACAAAAACAACGAUGGCAUGCUUGACUUUGAUGAAUUCCUCAAGAUGAUGGAGAACGUGCAGUAAAACAGAGACUCAUGGACAUUCCUCCCUCCUCUCACCCUGCCGAAUAAAACCCUCUCCUUCCCCUUUUGUUAUCAAUCUGCCCCAAUGCAUCUAACCCCCCAUCUCACAACUUCAGCAGACAGACCUAUAAACAGCGGUGUGGGGUUUACCAAGGUUCAGCCUACAAAGCUCUGGACCUUGGGCUCCCCUGACCCUCAUGCAAGACCCAAGGAGCCAAGCUGUGGUAUGGUUCACAAGUUCAUCAUGUGUGAUGACGUUUAGUCCGCUAAAACAUGUGCCAUGGUAGACCCUAUAUUAGUGGGUGUUAAGUCUAAAUUUAGUCUAGAUCAGCAGCUCUUUAUUUCUGCAUAGGCCAAAGCCACCACCAUUUCACUGUAUUGAAGAACUAAUGCUUAAAAACAUAAUAAAAAAUAAAACACUCAUAUUUAGUUGGUC